ACAUGAAAUGCUGCAAUUUGUAGAUAGAUAAGAGAAUAAGAUACCAAGGGGACGUUUUGGUAAGGGAAGCAAAGCAGAACGAAAGCCAUGGCCGCGGUGGCUGCUGCUGCUUCUUCUUCGUGCCUUAUUCUUCCUUACAAGCUCCAACCCUGCCCUUCCUCCUUCCUAAUCACCAGCAGAAGCGCCGGCACGUCUAUACGCCGCUCCAAGUGCCCCCUCGCCUUCGCCUCUACUCUCUCCCUCGCCGCUUUCCCUCCCGGCCUUCUGAGCGCGGUGGAGAAACGCAGGGCGCCUCCGCCGGGGAGGCCCACUGUUGUCUGCGAGGCGGUGCCUAAGAAAUACGACUCCGCGACCAAGAGGGCUCGUCAGGGCGAGAAGCGCCGGAUCUACAACAAGGCCCGAAAAUCCGAGAUCCGGACUCGAAUGAAAAAGGUGCUGGAAUCCCUCGAUGAGCUGAGGAAGAAAAGUGAUGCACAAUCCGAGGAGCUACUCCCAAUUGAAAAACUCAUCGCAGAGGCCUUUUCUGUGAUCGACAAAGCUGUUAGGGUAGGCACUUUACACAGAAAUACUGGGGAUCGUCGCAAGUCUAGGCUUUCAAGGCGGAAGAAAGCAGUGGAAAUUCAUCAUGGCUGGUACGUACCAGCUGCAGCUAGCUAAUGUUUUGGAGUUUGGAGUAUGAACGUUUUCUGAAAGGUCAAUCUUUUGUUGUAGUUGUUAUUUUCUUUGUGAAGAAUGUUUUGAGUUGGCUUAAGCUUUACCAUCCCGUGUACAACUAAACAGAAACAACUGGAAGAAGAGAUUAAUCCUAA